AUGGCUGAUUUAGAUAUACCUAAGAAAGUUAAAGGCCCUUUAAUUGAUCCGGCACUCUGUAGAUGCUGCCGGUCUAUAAAACGAUGCCGUUUGUUGACCACGGAGUACGAGUAUAUGGGAACUAAAGAAAUAUAUUCUGAUAUGUUUAUGGAUGUCUUUGGUUUACUUUUAACUCAUCUCGACGGAGACAAUAAAGAUUCUGCAAUAUGUGCAACUUGUGUGUCCCGACUGAGAGAAGCGAUAGCAUUCAAACGACAGGUCCUUCAAUCGGAACAGAUGUUCAUUGAGUCGCUUCAGAAUAGAGAAGAAAUAGCUAAAAUCAAGCUCGAGAUAAAAUUAGAGCCAUCCGGUGAAAUGGAUAGUGAUGAAAUUGGUGAUAGUCAUGAUGCAGAUAUAAAUGCAUCAGAUCAAAUGUUGGUUGAUGUUCAAGAGACAAAGAAAUUAGGUGAUAAGAAUGAAACAUUUCACAUAAAAUUGAAUUCAAAUACAAAAAUAAACAAAUUAUUGAAGACAAGUAAGAUAAAGGCAAAGGAGAAAUCGCGACAAAAAAAGAAGUUGUCACAGAAGCAAAUAAUGGAUCAUGAUGUAAUGGCUCUGAAAAAUACAAUUGAUAUAGUUAAAUGUUCAUACGUCUGUCCCUUCCACAAUAGAAUAAGUUUUUAUUACUGUUACUAUUGUAAGGACCAAUUCACGAACCCUAUAGAAUUAAGAGAACACACAUUAACCCAUGAUCCAAGAGAAUUGUUCGAGAUGACGAUAGAAAAUAAGAAGAUACCGAAAAUAGACAUCACUAGGAUCGAUUGUAGGCUGUGUACACAGAAAAUCGAUGAUUUGGACACAUUGAAACAUCACUUGAGCAAUGAUCAUGACAUAAUUUUGUACCCAAUCAAAAAUGAAUUCCUAAAAUUUAGGCUAUCAUUAACUAAUCUUGCUUGCACGGAGUGUAAUAGCGUUUUCCCCUACUUCGAUGCUUUGAAGAAGCAUAUGGUGGAUCAUUUCGGGACUUUUACUUGCGAUAUAUGUGGCGCGUGCUUUCUAGAACAAUCUUCGUUGCGAACUCACAUCAAAAACCACAGCAAAGUAGACGCAAACUUCCCUUGUGAGAUAUGCGGGAAGAAUUUGAAAUCCAAAUAUAGUAGAGGACUUCACGUAGCGACUGUCCACGAGAAAAAACCAACAGUGAAUUGCUAUAAGUGCGAUUCGAGUUUUUUGUCAUACGCUCUAAGGAAUAGGCAUUUGAUCGAAAUACAUGGCGACAAAAGAACAUUUCCGUGCAAAUUGUGUGACAAAGUUUACAAUCGACGGAAAACUUUAAUGGAACAUAAUAGGCGGAAUCAUUUGAAAGUUUACAGACAUCAGUGUGAAUUGUGCGACCAAAGAUUCUAUCUGCCAUCUAGACUGAAAGAACACAUGGCAACUCACACUGGUGAAAGGAAUUACAGAUGUGAGUUUUGUGAUAAAAGCUAUCCCAGACAACAGUCCUUGCAAGAACAUAUAAGAAUACAUAAUAUUGAUAGGAGAUAUAAAUGCAGUGUUUGUGACUCUACCUUCAAUCAGAGUGGGACAUUGAAGAAUCAUUUGAAGACACAGCAUCAAAUUUUUGAUAUUGAUAGCAGUUUUAAUUGA